AUGUACUCUUCCCAUGCGCCUAAUUAUCCUGAGACUAACACUAUUUUCUAUUACACACAGUUCCCAGGUUAUGCUAAAAUCCAAAAUCUCACACGUGUCUCAGAAUUCCACCUCAUGGGCUUCUCCGAGGAUCCAGAGCUGCAGCCCCUCCUCUUAGGGCUGUUCCUCUCCAUGUACCUGGUCACGGUGCUUGGGAACCUGCUCAUCAUCCUGGCUGUCACCUCUGACUCCCACCUGCACACGCCCAUGUACUUCUUCCUCUGCAACCUGUCCUUGGUUGAUGCAGGGCUCGCCUCCACCAUGAUUCCCAAGUUGAUUGCUGCCAUCCUCACCCACAGCACAGUCAUCUCCUAUGCCGGCUGCCUCACUCAAAUGUCUUUCUCCAUCAUCUUUGGAUGCAUGGAUGAUUUGCUCCUGACAGUGAUGGCCUAUGAUCGAUUUGUUGCCAUCUGUCACCCCCUGCAUUACCAGGUCAUCAUGAGCCCCCAUCGCUGUGGCUUCCUACUCUUACUGUCCCUUGUGGCCACCCUUUUGGAUUCCCUGCUUUAUAAUUUCAUGGUCUUACAAAUCACCUGCUUCAAGGGAGUGGAAAUUUCCAAUUUCUUCUGUGACCCAUCUCAGCUUCUCAACCUUACUUGCUCUGACACCUUCAGCAAUGACAUAUUUACAUAUGUUAUUAGUAUCAUAUAUGGUUUCGUCCCUAUGUCAGGGAUUCUCUUCUCUUACUAUAAAAUUGUGGCCUCCAUUCUGAGGGUCCCCUCUCCAGGUGGCAGGUACAAAGCUUUCUCCACCUGUGGCUCUCACCUGACAGUGGUUUGCUUAUUUUAUGGAACAGGCCUUGGUCUGUAUCUCAGCUCAACUUUCUCUCUUUCUGCUGGAAAGGGUGUCUUGGCCUCAGUGGUGUACACUGUGGUCACCCCCAUGCUGAACCCCUUUAUCUAUAGCCUGAGAAACAGGGACAUCAAGAGGGCCAUGCGUAUGGUCUUCAAUAAAACAGUCUUAUCCCGGUCCCUUUACCACACAUUCGGACUUGGUGAGAAAAGGCAGCAGACAUAA